CAGUCGCAGUUCAAUCGUCGAUUGUGUUCAACGGGCGUCGAUCGAUCGAUCAUUAUUUAAACAAAGUCCGUCGGUACCGGUAAUUGCCAGCCAGUGUAAAGUUCGACAAUCGAGAGACACGGAUUACCGCCGAUCAAUUUACUCGCAAUAUCCACGAUGAAAAUGCGUUCGCUCAUCUUGAUAGCCGUAGUGGCGAGUGCGUCGGCGUCUCAAGACUUUCUAUCGACGUCUCUGAACCGCUGCAUCGACGCCGAUUCGUGGAGUUCCUGUUUGAAAAGCGAAGUACUCGGAUACCUGGACGGAAAAUUGGGAACCACCACCGAGGCGAGGUCCCUGGACACCGUCGACGAAGCCAUAGUAUCGAGAACGUUCAAGUACCUCAAAAGUUUCGACUACGGAAUCGACAUCCCGUUCGUUGACGCGAGUCUCAAGUAUCGACCGAGCAGGAGCCUCGCUGACCUUGACGUGGUAUUCAAGGACAACGAAGUGGCGACCAGCCAGGCUCGCGGUCUUCUCAAGAAGAAACUACUCCUGCCCUUCCUCCUUCUUCUGAAAUUAAAAUUGAAGGCUCUGAUGCCGAUCUUCGUCGCCAUCAUCGGGCUCAAGGCGCUCAAAGCUUUGGUUCUGUCGAAAUUGGCGAUCUUGUUGGUCGUCGGAUUUAUCGCGGUGCAAUUCUUCAAGAAGGGAGGCAUGGGAGCGCCGAUGGGCAUGUCGAUGGACGCGGCCUCGUCCAUUUACGGAGCGCCUCCCACCCCGUCGUCGACGUCGAGUUACGACCCCGCCAACACGUGGGACGGCAACGGGCCCUAUUCCCGGGUUUGGACCCCGACCAACGGCGUGGAAGCCCAAAAUUUGGCUUACAAUUAUUACUCGGGUAGUAGCUCGCCCAGCGCUUCGUCUUCGUACGGAUCACCGUCGAGUUCCUCGGGGUCUUCGUCCUCCACCUCCACCAAUUAUUAGGAUCUACGAAAGUAAAAGAAUCGGCGAAUUAGUUUAUCAACCAACGAUCGGUGCGUUGCAAAAUCACCAAUCGAUUAUCAACGAACGAUCAUCAGGGUCGCAAAAACGAUUGCUCAAUUGAAUGAAAAAACUUGGCAAAAUCGAUUUCCCGAUUUUUCGCAAACGUACUUUUUUUUUUCUCAAAGACCGAGAUAAGCCGAAUCUGAAAAUUGUAGAACCGCAUUCUUACCCGUCGUCGUGAUUAUCGGGCGCCUACUCGCUCCGCGCGAGGAUCGACGUCAGUCCCGAAAAAACGGGGCCUGACGCCGGUUGCUUUUCCCCGAAGAUUUCUACCGUCGCACUCGCUGUUUCAUCGACCGCUGUCGGGACUGACCGUGAACGGGAAACGCGUCUACGGUAGUACGGAGCGUUGGGACCGAUCUUACCGAUACCUCAACGAUCUAUUGGGCCCGAUCGAUCUACCAAACUAAUCUAAACCGGUUCGAAACAAAGAAUCGCUACGAAAAACCGAAACGAAAAAAAACAAAAAAAAAAAAACAUUGUACAUAUCGGACGAUUUAUUGCUCUCUCUCUCUCUCUCUCUCUCUUCAUUUCAAUUAUCUAUAUUGUCUACCUGUAUUUAUUCUCAUCGGAAGAAGAAAAAAAAAAAAAAUAUAUCCAUGUAUUUAUUAAA